AUGAUGUCACUACGUCACGUCCUUUGUGUUCUGACUAUCGCACUGUGUUGUGUCUGCAGUUGUGUGGUAGCUGCUGAUGAAGCUGAAGGGCAACGUGAUGGUAGGGCUGCUCAGGAGAUUGUUGCUCCUCAGCUUGCCGCUGCUGCUGUUCAGGAACCAGGUGGUGAUCCUCAUAAUCAAAAAGAGGAAGAAAGGUUGAAAGAUGCUACGAAAAAAGGAGAAUGUGGUACUGCUGGAGAUGAAGAAAGGCAACCCUGCGAAGGACCACCCUCGCCGGUGGCACCUCCCGCAGAACAUCAUCCAGAAAGAAAAGAAACAAGUGAAAGCCGUACAGAUUUGCACACCUCACAAACCCAAACCGCAAGCGUUCCUGGUGUCCCUGAUGAUUCCACGAAAGAACACAGUAGAGACCAAACUAAACCUUUGGAGGAAAUGGAACAAGACGAAACGGCAGAUAAGGAAGUGAACCAACAACAGUCUGUCAGUAAACCACAAACAGUUACACCAGAUAAAACACAAGACACUGGUGACACGGUAAAAGAAACAUUAGACGGACAUGCACAGAGCGGUAAUACACACUCUCAAGAAGCUCCAAUCACAGAAAAUUCUUCUUCUUCUGUAAACCAAUCCAGCAAUUCGGAAACAGAGAAUGACAAUGAAACUGGUGCUGGAAUGAAUGGAAAUAUUGCCGCAAAUGCGCAAAGUGAGUCAACAACCAACCAAGAAGGCAAUGUGGGAAAUACAGAUACAACCACCACUACCACCACCACCACCAGUACCACCACCACAACAACGACACUUCCUCCUGAAUCCACAAACAACAAGAAGGGUGAUGCAGACAGCAGCAGCAGUAUCAGCAGUUCUGUGUGGGUGCGUGUACCACUACUGAUUGUGUUUACACUGGCCUGUAUUCUUGUGUGCUGA